AUGGGUUCGAUUAUUACGGAACCUGAAGAUAUAGCAAUAUUUGCAGGUUAUUUGAAUGGAGAAAAGAAUAUAACUACAAUUUGCACAAGUUUAGCAAAGAUAUCUUCAAGAGGAGUUUUUAAUCAUUCAGAUCCCUUGUCUUAUUGGGUUCCUCUGCUUCUCUUUCAAAUGACUCUAUCCUGUGGAACUUUUCUGCUCGUUACUAAACUUUUCAGGCCACUUGGUUUGCCCAUUGUGGUCAGACAAAUGCUUACAGGCAUAAUUCUAGGUCCGUCGGUUAUGUGCAGGAGUCCCUUUCUGGCAAACACAUUUUUCCCGGUGAGAGGAUUCAUAAUGCUGGACAUUGUGGCUUCUUUCGGCUUCAUACUGUAUUUCUUCCUUAUCGGAGUACAAACGGAUCCGUGGAUACUCAAAUAUCUUGACAGAAAGGCUGCUGCUCUAGGGUUCUUUGGGGUCGCUGUGCCGAUGGUAUCCAGCGUUUCCACAAGUUUUUUCAUAUUAUCACAUUUCGAUAUAGACAAGAAUAUUGCUCGAUCACUUCCGGCGGUAGCACAAGCGUUGUCUGUGUAUUCUUUUCAAGUGGUUGCUUACUUUUUGGCAGAGCUCAAGAUUAUAAAUUCCGAAUUCGGAAGAGUAGCCUUGUCUGCUUCCUUUGUAGCCGGGGCUUGCAGUUUCACUGUGACGACAAUUAAUGUGUUGUUGCAACAAUCGCCAGGAGACAACUUCCGAGCACUUCAAACGCUAUUUAACACAAUUGUCCUUCUCAUUGUUAUUUUUUUUGUCCUUCGUCCUGGAGUCAUGUGGAUGGUAAAGAAUAAUCCGGAGGGAGAGCCGCUGAAAGAGAGCUAUGUGAUCUGGCUACUUUUAACAGUUCUCGUCACUGGUUUCCUCAGUCAUACUCUCGGUUUGCAUCUUUACUUAGGACCUCUUAUUUUUGGCAUUACUAUACCGGCAGGGCGACCAAUAGGUUCGACCCUCGUAGAUAAGCUUGAUAUUUUGAGUAAUUGGAUAUUUAUGCCCCUCUACCUGGUUAAAAAUGGACUAGUAAUUGAUAUCUUCAGCAUUAAGUUGAAAAAUUACCUGAUAGUGCAAUCUAUUGGCCUCAUCAGUGCCUCUGGGAAGUUCAUCGGAACAUUUGUAGUUGCUCGAUUCACCAAUAUCCCAACCAAGGAUGCUGCAGCACUCGGCCUUGUCAUGAACGUCCAGGGUGUGCUUGAGCUUGGCUUGUUUAAAAUGUUGAAGAGAAACACUGCAAUUGACAGCGAGACUUUUGUGAUAAUGUGCAUAUCCAUGAUGCUCAUAACAGGUGCUAUCACACCCGUCAUAAAACGCCUAUAUGAUCCUUCGAGGAGGUAUGCUGUUUACAGGAAAAGAACGGUACUGAACUUAAAACCCAACUUUGAACUCAGGGUGGUAGUUUGUAUUCACGACAAUGAAGAUGCUCCUGCUGCCAUCGACCUCCUUGAGGCCUUAAAUCCAACAAAAAGAAGCCCUUUAUAUGUUUACAUUCUUCACUUUAUUGACCUCGCUGGCCGUGUGAAUGCCCUACUCAUCCCCCACAAGCUGAGCAGAAGAACCUCUAAGAAGGCAAAACACUCCGAACACGUGAUCAAUGCAUUCAGAAGCUUUGAGAACAAAAACCAUGGUCUUGUUAUGGUUUACCCUUUUACUGCAAUUUGUCCUACUAAAUCAAUGUAUGAUGAUGCUUGCACAAUGGCGCUAGACAGGAGGGCUUCCCUUGUUAUAAUACCUUUCCACAAAAGAUUCCAAGUAAACGGUGCAAUUGAUUUGAGCAGAAAAAACAUUAAGAUGACAAACAUGAAAAUCCUCGAAAAAGCACCUUGCUCUACUGCAAUCCUUGUUAACCAUGGGCUCCUGAAUGCUCCAAAAUCUAUCUUGAACAGCCAUUCUAAUUACCGUGUUGCUGUUAUGUUUUUGGGCGGACCUGAUGACAGGGAGGCACUGGCCAUAGCAUCACGAAUGACUGGACAUCCAAAUAUCAGUCUGACAAUAAUACGGCUACUUGAGAACGGAAGCAUUUCCAGCGAUGAUACAACUGAAAGGAAGCUUGAUAAUGAAAUGGUGAGUCAAAUUAGAAGUGCUACAGCAGGAAAUUACCGAGUGAUGUACAUAGAGGAGGUGGUCAUGGACGGAACAGGGACUAUUUCUGUCAUCAAAUCAAUGCAAGACCUUUAUGAUCUUAUCAUAGUGGGUAAGCAUCACGAUAAAAAAUCACAACUAUUAUCAGGGCUUGUAGAUUGGAAUGAUCUCAAGGAGCUCGGAACAAUAGGAGAUGUGUUUGCUUCAGCACAGUUCAUGGUGAACACCACAAUCUUGGUGGUGCAACAACACACCAAUAUAGCAAGGCAAAGUGGUCAGACUUUUAGACAGGAUAGUGGAAGAACUGAUAGAGAUGACGAAUCAGAUCAUCUUCCAAUUUAUAGUAGAGUCGCUUAGUUUGCGUUGAAAGCAAUAUGACAUGUGAUCUACAUGUGCAUGGUAGUUAGUUAGACACAAAAAAAUGAAAGAAAACAAAUAUUCAAACAGUCUGAUGGUUGUUACUUA